AUGUCAGGUCCCUCCGAAUGGCCCACAGACGCCUCUCAUUACGCGCUCAUUGGCAAAAUUGGUCAAGGUGCAUUUGCAUCGGUCUGGGGCGCCAGAACCAAAGAAGAGAGCAGCCGUGACUGUGCCGUCAAGGUCCUGAAUCUCGAUCAUGUCGACUCGAACUUGGCCGAGAUUCGUCUGGAAGUGCAGGCCAUGCGGCUCUCGUCACACCCCAACGUUCUGGCAUGCCAUACGGCCUUUGUCCAAAAGACGGAUCUCUGGUUGGUCACACAAAUCAUGAGAAAAGGAUCUUCGCUGCAUUCUCUACAAUCCGCACGGCGGCGUUACCGAGAUGAAAAUAAAGGCUGCCGAAUGGAAGACCACAUACUCUACAUUUUUCAUGAAACUCUCCUUGGACUCAAAUACAUUCACGACAAUGGACAAAUUCACAGAGAUAUCAAAGCUGGUAAUAUACUCUUGGAUGGUAAUGGUGAUGUUAGAAUUGCCGAUUUUGGUGUCUCUGGGUGGUUGGAACAAGCAGGUUCAAAACAAGAUAGAGCAAAGACGUUUGUGGGGACGCCGUGUUGGAUGGCUCCUGAAGUGAUGGAACAAAUUCACGGGUAUGACUACAGAGCGGAUAUUUGGUCAUUAGGAAUCACUGCCUUGGAGUUGGCAAAAGGGUAUGCGCCCUAUGCCAAAUACCCUCCCAUGAAAGUACUGAUUCUCACCAUCCAAGAAGAUCCACCGAAUUUGGACUCGUAUGACGAAGAAGACGAAGGAGAUGAUGCCUUGGAUCAACUCGUGGUGGAUGAAGAAUGGUCAUCUUCGUUUCGAUCUCUCGUCGACACUUGUCUGCAAAAGAAUCCCGCACGACGGCCUACAACGCAAGAACUCUUGCAAAGCAAACACUUGAAUUCACUCAAUGACGAAGCCAAACGAGACAAGCGAAGAGAGGCAAUACGGAAAGAAGUCUGUGACUUGGUCCAGGAUGUAGGCACCGAAUCCGCAGAAUCCAAUUCCGCCAACCAAUUACCAGGAAAUACACCCGUUUCCAUCGUCUUAUCACAACAAGACGAAAGUCGGCCACAAGGAACAACGUGGGUAUUUGCCGAUGGGUCACAAGUAUUGGCGUCCUCCACCAACAAUGCGGCAACCGUAGACGAUGUUAUGAAUGAUCUCGAUCAAUUUGGGAUGCAAACAGGUGGAGAGCAUUAUGCUCGUGGUGCUGAAGGAGAAGAGGCAAUCGACAUUAAUGAAGAAUGCAGAGUCAAAGAAGAUGACGGAGAGGAGGAUGAUCUGAAUAAAUUCAUGGACGAUUUUGAGCUGAAUACGGGAGGAGAGAAUUUUAAGCGGCUGUGA